CAAUUUUAAAGUCUUGUGUAAUAUGAAAUUGCUCACUGCGCACAUCGCAGUAAAGGAAGAUAAGUGUAGCUGCGAAUGAAUAGUAUGACAGAUUUGUUUAUUGAUGACAGAUGUUAUCUCACAACAUUAAGUGAUUGUUAACAUGAAGUUGUUUAUAUUAUUUUGUGUCCUACAAGCAUCACAGUUUACUUUUUCUAUUUAUGUACCUGGAGAAGACAUAACAGAUGCAUCUGCAGAAAAGAAAAGUCAACUGCAUAUUAGAGAUUCUGUUCAUUCUACCAAUGUGACACAAUUCUUUUAUGUUGACCCAACAAAUAAAAGACGAACACCAAUUAUUGUCCAUAGUGAGAAAAGUAAACCUAAAAGAUUUUUCCGUGAAUGGUCCAAUCCUCAUUAUGGAUUAACAGAACCUACUGUUGAAUAUGACAGUAUAAAUCAUAAUUUUGAAAAUAAAUAUUUGAAAAACCAGAAUGGGUCAGAGUAUGCAGAAACAAAAUAUGUCAGAAUGUUUGUGGCUGAGGAAGUCAACAUCAAUAAUGUAUACACUACACCUUCGCCAACAGAAGAUGAUACUGUUUUUAGGAAUCAGAUGCGACCAUUUUCUGACUUAUGCCCUCACAAGGCAACAGGACAGUUUCCUUAUAAAGCAGAUUGCAGAAGAUUUGUAAAUUGUUGGAAAGGAAGAGCGUUUAUUCAAGUCUGUGCACCAGGGACGUUAUUUAAUCCUGAGACUCUUGAAUGUGAUUUCCCAGGAAAGGUAAAAUGCUUAAAAUAUCAACAUGAUGCAGGAUCGGCAUAUUACAGUGGCACAUUAUUCCUUAAGGAAAAAAUACCUGUCAACAGGACAGUAAGUGUGGAUUCUGAGUCUGUAUUGCCUACAACCAGGAACAAAACAAAGACACAGGCACCACAUUCCACUACUACUAUAAAUGUUGAAGGAUGUUCUAAAAUUAAGUCUGGAGGCAUUAUACCACACCCUAAUAAUUGCAAGAAAUUUUUGAAUUGUUGGAAUGGUAGAGCAUUUGUUCAGGACUGUCCUCCAGGAACGCUGUUUGAUUCAGAGAAGAAUCAGUGUGACUUCGCAUACUUGGUAAAGUGCCAACAGCCAGGACUCUCAGAUACCAGUCGGAGCAGUACAGAUCAUACCAGCAGAGGAAAUUUAUUUACUCAUGUAACUAGUGCUCUGGGAUAUACCUCUCAUGUUUCCACUACACCAUUACCAACUUCAAGGCAGAGGACAUUUCCAACCUUUCCAACUGUAUCUACAUUCACCAAGUCUUCAGAACCGGUUUCACCUGAUUAUUCAAGUAAUAAAAUUCCAUUCAUACAUCGGACUGGUUUCUCAUCAGUUUCCACUACAAAAAAUCACAGCAGAGCAACCCCAAAUGCUAUUCGGAAAGUUAUUAUAACUUCCGAUGUUAGUGGCCAAAAAGUAAGAUUAAGGGGAGGCUCUGAAACCUGGGAAGGAUAUAUUGAAGUUCAUACAGAAGACACUGGGUGGGGAACAGUGUGUGACAACAAAAAUGAAUGGACAAUAAAAGAAGCAACUGUAGUCUGCAGACAGCUUGGCUAUUACAGAGGAGCAGAACUUUCAUGGCAAGGUUGUCCAAAAUCAUAUUCGCAGAAAGUUAAUCAGAUUUCUGUGGAUGUGGUGAGUUGUAAUGGAAAUGAAGCCUCACUGGAAUUCUGCCAUCUGUAUCAAAAAGCAAAGGUGUCUCACUUAAAUACACAAGCAGCUGGGGUGAAAUGUUUUAGAAAUAGAGCUUCUGUAUGCCAACCAGGUGAAAUGAACUAUAACAACUCUUGCUACUCUCUGAUUGCUCUUCAGAACAGGAGUGACAUUAAACAGUUUGGCUUUGAAACAGCAUUAGAGUACUGCAGUGCUCAAGGAGCAACUCUGUUGGAUAUUUCUUCUCAGGAAGAAAACAAUUUUUUGUCUGAAUGGCUAUUCCAGAAGUUUCCUGCAAUCAAGAGCGUAUUGACUUCUGGCAUCGGUGUGACAGUUUUGAACCAUCCCGUCUGGAUCUGGCAGAGUACAGCUAAUGGAAUAAAUUUCAACAAAUGGUGGCCAGGUUGGCAACUUGAACUUGAGACUCCACCAGCUACAGCUAUACACCCAUUAUGUAUUGUAAUCAGCCGAUCAUUCCCAUGUAUUUUGGAUGAGAUGACAACAGCAUGUGAAACUGAUUAUUUUUAUUGGAGUGCAAGAGACUGCAAUGAGCUGUAUGCAGAUGCUUUUAUUUGUAAACGUCCAUAUGACGCAGUUGGUUGUGUUGUAAGGAAUGGUCGAGACUAUAGUGGAACAGCUAACGUAUCUGUGACUGGUCUGCCAUGCCAUUACUGGAAUCAUGAAAAGGUUAAAUCAUCUCUGGAGAAAAUUAUUCCACAUGAACUAAGAUCAACAUUAAUUAAUCACAAUUACUGUCGCAAUCUGAAUGGGGGUGAAAGCCACCCUUGGUGUUUUGUUGGAGAUGAUGUUAGAUUUGAAUAUUGUGAUAUUCCUAUUUGCUGGACUACAGGAAUUAAGAAAACUCCAGUAAUUCAAGGAUGUGGGCCAAAGAAAUUUGAGUGUCAGUUCAAUGAGUGUAUAGAUGAAUCCUGGGUUUGUGAUGGCGAUAAGGACUGCAGUAAUGGCCAUGAUGAGACAGAUUGUGCAUCUUAUUUGGACAGCUUUUCAAAGUUCUCCUCAAGACGUUUGAAAGGCCAUGAUGUUGAAAAAUGGUUAUACACAAGUGUCAGCAAAUGUGCUCGUAGAUGCCUGGAAGCUACAGAUUUCAUAUGUCAUUCCUUUAACUAUAAGGAAGAUGAGAAACUCUGUUUACUCGCAGAUAGUAACAGUGGCUUAUCUGGCCACCUGUUCCCAUACCAUGAAUGGGACUACUAUGAAAAGAGGUCUCUGACAAUUAGCUGUGAAAAUAUGUUUUUAUGCAAGAACAUGAAGUGCAUCAAUUCUUCUAAGGUUUGUGAUGGGAAAAAUGACUGUGGUGAUGGAUCAGAUGAAAGGAACUGUUCCACAAUAAUAGUUGAUCACAAAAUUCGUCUGGCUGGUGGGAAUCUAUCUAAUGAAGGACGUGUUGAAAUGAAAGUAUUUGGUAAAUGGGGUGUGAUAUGUGAUGAUCAGUUUGGCAUCGAAGAAGCUACUGUGAUUUGUAAGGAACUGGGUUUCAGUCUUGGAGCUAUUGAUGUCCGCCUACACUCAUUUUAUGGUAAAAGCAAUAUGAAUGGUACUUUUCUCAUGGAUGAACUGCAGUGUAUUGGCAAUGAAUCUUCUAUCACUGAAUGUUAUUUCAAUGGAUGGGGUGUACAUGACUGUGGACCUGAAGAGGAAGCAGGAGUUGUGUGUCGUGUACCUGGUCUAAUGUGCUCUGAAAAUAUGUGGCAGUGUUUGGAGAGUAAAGAAUGUAUUAACAUAAAAUUCCUGUGUGACCAGGUUGAGGACUGCAAUGAUGGUACUGAUGAAUCGUCAUUAUAUUGUGAUGCACCUAUUGAAAUACGGCUUUCAGGUGGUAACAGCUCAAGAGAAGGUCGUAUAGAAGUGCGAUACCAUGGUUUGUGGGGGACAGUGUGUGAUGAUGACUUUGGGGAAAACGAAGCUGAAGUGAUGUGCCGCAUGUUAGGGUUUAAUGGAGUAGCUGAACCAAAGAAGAAUGCAGCUUAUGGUCCAGGUCAAGGACAAAUCUGGCUUGAUCAGCUUCAUUGCACAGGAAAAGAAAAGUCAAUCAAUGAGUGCUUUCAUUUUUCUUGGGGAAACAGCAACUGUAGACAUGAUGAAGAUGCUGGAGUUUUCUGUCACCCUUUUGAUGAUCAGUAUGGUGUGGCUUCAAAAAAUACUAGUAUUACAUAUACAACAACUGCUGAACAAAUACUACCUACCGAAUGUGGCAUGAGAGAGAUAAAAAAUUAUAAGGAUCCCGUAAUUUCAGAGGCAAGAGUACUGACUGGCUCUGUUGUGGAGAAAGGUUCAUAUCCUUGGCAGGCAAGUAUACGAGUCCGCACAAGUGUGAAAUCAGUUCACUGGUGUGGUGCUGUAAUAAUCUCCCCUCUACACAUCUUGACAGCUGCACAUUGUCUUCAAGAUUUUAUGAAGGUAGCAUACUUUGUUCGAGUUGGUGACUAUGACACAGAGGUUUUUGACGAGGCAGAACAAGAAGCACUAAUUGAUGAAAUUUACAUUCCUGAAGGAUUUAAUAAAGGUUUACGUCUUAACAGUGAUAUUGCUUUGCUGAAACUUAAAUCAAGGGGAAUUUUGUUAGGAGACAUGGUUCAACCAGUAUGUCUUCCAGAGCCAAAUUCAGCUUAUCCUUCCGGGCUUAACUGUACAAUAUCUGGAUGGGGCUCUGUUAGAAGCCCUAAAUCAGGGCAUUCCCGGCUACUAAGAGCAUCGUGGGUUCCAAUAUUAUCACAGGAGACAUGUCGAGCACCAUUUGUUUAUGGUGAUAGAAAAAUUACAGAUGCAAUGUUCUGUGCAGGGUACUUGGAUGGUGGUGCAGAUUCAUGUAAAGGUGAUUCAGGAGGGCCCCUUGUUUGUCUAAAUGAAGGAGUGUUUACAUUAUAUGGAAUAAUAAGUUGGGGUGAAGACUGUGGACAGCCAAAUAAACCUGGUGUAUACACAAAUGUUGCAGCACACCGCGAGUGGAUAAAUCAAAAAAUUGAAGAAUCAAUGUCCGGCAGAUAAAUAUUUCUCUCAGUUGAGUGUUAAACUCCUUUUUACAGAGAUGCAAUGUGAUUAAAAGCUAUUGAACAUACAAUGUUGUAGUUCAGUGUUUUUUAAAUUGCAUUUUUGUAUGCAGUGAACUGCUACACAUAGUAGUUGUUAUUUAUUUAUGAGUAUGUUAUCUAAUGAAGCAAUUUCAGUCCUUACCAGUGAAUAAACAUUGUCUGAAACUUUGUUGUCCACAAACUCUGCAUAAAAUUGACUUUCACUUUUAGAGGUCAGAUUAUCUGCAACAAAAACUCUUAAAUCAAAAUGGACACACCAAGGAGAAACAGAAAUAUAGUAUUGUAAUGUGGUUCCUAUUAAGAGAAAACAAUUUCUUUGUGUUUAAGCCUUAUUACAGUGCUUUGUGUAUGGACAGAAAGCUGAGUAAUUAAGAAGUACAAGUAUAUGAUCAUGUUUUUAUAAAGAAGUUCACAAAGUAGAGAAGUUAUGUUUCUGGACAGAGUAAAAUGAAUGAUCAAAGUUUAAUCCGUGCAUAUAAAAAGACAAUACAAGGAAGGACAAUAAAUUGUAUUGGAAAUAAAAAACAGAUAUAGUUGUAAAAUGGGGACAAUUAGAGAAUGGAAACAUAUUAAUACAUUGUAGUUUUCCAUUCUUUAACGCCUUGAGGAAGAAAUGAAUAACUAAGAACUCAGUAGAAAUAAAAAUGAAGAACGAUAUAAAAGACAUUGGCAUACAAGAGGAACUAUGAACAAAAACAAAGUAAAGAAAACUUUCUAAUGAAGUAUUCUGUCAAAGGUAUAAGAACUCCAAUGAUUUAAGAUAAUUAUGUGCUACCAUUAGUGAUGUAGGAUGAUAUUUUCACUUUGUGAAAGUAUGCCAGAUUUCUCAUGUCUGUUAUGUUAUGCAAAAUAAAGUGUUUUUAAAUAAA